AUGGGCUUGACCUGGUCUCAGUUCUUCCCGCCCGCCCCGGGUCUCACCGAAGCCAACCUACCCAGCCAAAAGGGUAGAGUGUUCAUGAUCACAGGCGGCUAUUCAGGAGUGGGCUUCGAACUUUCCAAGAUUCUCUAUGGCGCUGGCGGAAAGAUAUACAUUGCCGGUCGCUCCGAGGCGAAAGCGAAGACUGUCAUCCAAGCGAUCGAAUCUGCAUACCCCAACUCCGGCGGCGAGAUCGUGUUUCUACCUCUUCAACUGGACGACUUGACCACUAUCAAACCCGCCGUGGAGCGAUUCACUCGCACUGAAUCCCGACUGGACGUGCUGUUCAACAACGCUGGCGUUUCCAACCCUCCACCAGAAGAGGUAUCGCCUCAAGGUCACGAGCUCCAGUUCGCCACAAACUGCCUCGGGCCCCAUUUACUCACGCAGCUACUCCUACCAACACUCCAGCGGACAGCUCUCGGCGCGCCUGCAGCCUCGGUCCGGGUCAUUUGGCUUGGGUCGAUCGUGGUCGACAUGUCCGCACCAUCGAAUGGCGUCAAUCUAGACGAGAUCAUCCAACGCGAUUCCCGAAUGAAUCGCAAUUACACAAAUUCCAAGACCGGAAAUUGGUUCUUAGCUGACCAUCUGGCCAGACAAGCUGGUUCAUCUGGAGUGUUGAGUCUUGUUGUGAAUCCAGGGAAUCUGAAAUCUGAACUGACUCGUCAUUUCCCGUCUUGGGCACCAAUCCUACUGUCGCCCCUUCUUUAUCCUCCAAUCUAUGGUGCUUACAGUGAGCUUUGGGCGGGCAUCUCGCCGGAUCUAACGAUGGAAGAUGGUGGGAAAUCUAUCAUUCCAUGGGGUCGACUUCAUCCUAAGCCCAGGGAGGAUUUGCUGAAAGCGAUGAAACCCAAAGAAGCCGGGGGCACGGGGGAUGCUGAACUAUUUUUGCGCUAUUGUGAUGAUUCAAUUGAACAGUACAAGUAA